CAAAUUUCUCGUAGUGACCAAGAGAGCGAUCGCGAAGGUGUGGCCCAACUAUGAUCUCCUAGCAUCGCUUAGUCUGGGUUUUAUGUUUCUGUGCCAUACCUCCAGCCUGAAGCACUAUGGGAGACCAGAGUAAAUGGGCCUACAUCAUCGGGAUCCCGUUUGGCAUCAUUGCCUUACUGGUGGUCAUCCUGAUUCCACUCAGCUUCUCUGAUCUACAGUACUAUCAGUAUGGUUUCUUGAAGAGGAAGUCGACAGGCACCGUGAGUCUGGACUGGGUCUACAGCAGCGGCAGACAUUUUGUGGGACCAGACUAUGAGUUUAAGGUGUUCAAGGCCGACGCCCACUUUGAGGAGCUCACCAACAUCGCCAUUUUCUCCUUCGAUAAACUGGAGAUCCAGGUGACGUGUCGGUUCCAGUACUUCCUGCGUAAAGACGACAUGCCGCUGCUUCACGAGACGUACGACAGGUUCUACCAUCCUGUCAUCAGGACCAGCGCCAUCGAUGCCAUCAAGGGCACAGCACCCCAGUUCAACACCAGACAGUACAUCGGUGAGAGGAAGCUUGUGGAGGACACGCUGAGAGACGCCGUCAAACUCAGGCUGGGCGGGAUCUGCUGUAAAAAGGACUGUGUGGACUUAACUGAAGACAGCUUCCUUGAUCUAGAAAAAGCACCAGUUGACCCGACUGCUGAAGGCUGUGUGGAAGGCUGUAAGCCUUACAGCAACUGCACUAAAGAGGACAAAGGGCUAUUUGUGGAUGUCAAGUACUUCCAGAUAGGCAGGGUUCUGAUCCCCAGUGAUGUCCAGGACAGGUUUCUGCUGUCCCUCACACAGCUGUUGGAUGCAGAACAGGAACAGUACCUGCAGGAUGCCACCAUUGUCAGGAAACAGACAGAGGCAGAGGUGGAACAGAUUGAAAACGAAGCCCGUGAGAUCUCCCAGAACGGCACGGCCCAGUCCAGUCUGAUCACGUCGCGCGCCAACGCCCAGGCGGUCGCAGUCGUGGAGGACGCGAGAAACAGCGGUCUCUCGCUGAUCUACAACCGACUCAACCUGUCCAGCGAAGACCACAAGGCAUCGUUCAACUACCUGCGCACGCUGCGCGACCACGAGAGCGUCCACAUGUCUGUUAACUACAACACUCUCAUCUCAGGGCUGACUGCUACUGGAGGGGGAUAGGCUGGACUGAUACUGUUACAGUUUCUGUACAGCUAGAAUGAAAAUAACAGUCAUAAAGCUAUUUUUACUGACUUUUUUAAUAAAAAAAUGCACAAGUUUUUUUAUUACUACACAAUGUAAUUCAUUGGUAGCUUGAUACCCAAACCUACUGUGGUAGCUGCAGGGUCUCUUUUUCCCUCUCCAUAAAUAGUGAAGAGGAAGAUACUCGGUAGCUAUAGUAGGUUUCAACACCAGGCUACCAAUGAUCUAUAAUACUUAAAUCUCUGGACUUACUGCUACUGGAGGGGGAUAGACAGGAUUGUUACUGUUACAACAAUAACUGUACAGCUGGAAUUACUGACAUCCAGCUACUGUGCAGCUAUUUUUAAUGACAUUUUCUAUCAAAAAUGCACAAGUAAUGGCUACGGUAUUACUAACUACAUGUAUAUUGGUAGGCUGAUGGUAAACCUAUUGAUAUUAUAGCUGUAAAGUCUCUUUUUUCCUCUCCAUAAAUAGUGAAGAGGAAGAAAGGGGCUCAACAACUAUAGUAGGUUUGAACAAAAGGCUACCAAUGAACACACUCAUCUAUAUGCUACAGAAGAGGGAUAGACAGAACUGUUACUGUAACUGUUACUGUACAGCUGGAAUUACUGACAUCCAAGUACUGUGCAGCUAUUUUUACUGACAUUUUCAAUCAAAGAUGCACAAGACAAGUUUGCUAAUUCUUAUUUGAUGUCUAGACCUAAUAGUAAUAACAUAGAAAAUAGAAUGGAAAUCAGUUGCCCAAGAAAGAUGGAUAGAUUCUGCACAAAUUACACUGCAAGGUAGCAAUAACUCAAAAUUUUGUAAAUCUUAGGCGUGCCUUGAACUCAGUAACACACAUAUGAAUGGAAGAGAGCUUUUAGGGAUUGUUCUGUUUUGCAAGAAUGAAGAAUCUUUUUAAAAAGUUCUGUCACUUACUGGUAUUCCAUAAGGGCUUGCUUGACAAAUUAAAGUCCUUUAUCAUGUUUUUAAAAUCAUCCUUUUCACUGAUAAAAUCAUAACUUUUCCUGAAACCUGGAAAUGUUGUGUUGAUCCCUUUGUGGCCAAAAAACUCGGGUAACCAGAUGGAGCUAUGCAACAUGAAGGAGAAAAUCUAGCGUAAACUUUACAGUCAUAGUUUCAAACAACACACUCAUGACCAAUAGUGGCUACGUGUACAGAAGUAAUUAAUCAAACUAAAGACAAAGGAAACGUGAAUAUUUCUGCACACUUGUGUUUAGGCUGUUUUGAACUCCUCAAAUGGACUGUUAUAUUGUAAUGUACAGAUCACUACUGUAUUUAUUGUCACCACUACAAAUAUUGGAAAAUAUGUUGAACUUUUAUAAAAAGGAAGUGGUUUUAUGACAAUGGUACUUUGCAGUUGGAUGGCACUUUUAACAGAUAAUAUGGAGAUGUACUUUCACUGUAUUUUUUCUGAGAUGUAUUUUCACUGCAUGACAGCAGUUUUUAACAGGUUA